AUGCCAAUUACAUCACACCAGGGUAAUGUAAUGCCCUACAUAGGUGAGGACGCCAGAUUACAUCCAGUUCAUCCGUCAGUAUUGGAUGUACCGAACUGUUUCCGGGUCGCUAACACAUACUACGCCUGCCGUACACCUCUAGAACGUGCCAAAUGGAUUGAAAAUUUACGCCGCACAAUGAACCCUCGGCGUGACGCACAACGUCGUGUCGAGAACGCAUUACAGUUAUGGGUUCUUGAAGCAAAAGGAGUACCCGCUAAGAGAAGAUAUUAUUGUGAAUUAUGUUUGGAUAAGACAUUAUAUGCUCGAACGUCGUCAAAACCGUUGGUGGAUAACGUUUUUUGGGGCGAACACUUUGAUUUCACAAUGUUGCAAAAGAUGGACGAAGUCUGUAUCAAUUUGUAUCGUGAAGGUGACCCAAAGAAGAAGAAAGAACGUGCAACGUUAAUUGGAUACAUAUUGAUCGCCAUUGAGCAGCUUAGCAGUCGGCAUCCAGUGGAGCGAUGGUGA